ACCAAAUGUAACAGCCGCCUGGAAAUGCAGUGGUACUUGAAAAACUUAUACUAUGGGCUUGAUAUGUUGAAAUGGGCGGUAGAAAAGAAUGGGUAUACUAUUUCUGAGAAAUUAGAACUAAAAGACUUACAAUCCGUUCAUCCGUCUCUUGGAAUCGGGUUUGUCGCUGCUCAAGAUAUAAAGGAAGAUGAAGAACUGGUUACGUUCUCUAAACAGAAUGUUCUUUGCUUGUCGAAUUCAGAAUUGGCAAAGAUUCCAGAAGUCGUAGCUUUGCCAGGUUGGGCAGCUCUUUUGUUAACUAUGGCCUACGAAAAUAGCAAGCCAGAUAGCUUUUGGAGACCCUACUUGGAUGUGUUUCCAAGUACAGAUAGGAUCACCUCUCCAUUUUUUUGGGAGGAAGAGAAGAAAAAAAAGUUGCUGAGUGGUACGGUACUUGAAUCCAACCAAGAUUAUAAAGAAAUUAAUGAUCUUUGGAAAAAUUCCAUUGAUCCGAUCAAACAGCAAUACCCAGACUUAUUUUCAAAUGUCAGCUUUGAUGAUUAUGCUCGUAUGGCAGCUGUAAUGCUUGCGUAUAGCUUCGAUACAAAGAAGCCUGCGACUAAGGAAGAGAAAGAUAAUUCGAAAGAAAUCUCGAAUAAAUCACCCACGAGUAAAGAAAUUGAGGAAAAUGGAGAAUCUAAAAAAGAAGAAGAUGGUGAUGACGAUGAUGAUGAUGAUCGGUCUGAGGAAGAGGAUAGUGAUGUGGAAUCAGAAUACGAUCCUGAGCAAUUUGAAAAGUCAAUGUGUCCAGUUGCAGACAUGUUCAAUGGGGAUGAUGAAUUGUGUAAUAUUCGUCUUUACGAUUUGGAAGAUCGAUUGACUAUGAUUGCUUGCCGUGAUAUAAAGGCAGGAGAGCAGGUAUGGAAUACGUAUGGGGAAAUCGACAAUUCCGAGUUGUUUCGAAAAUAUGGAUUUACAAAGCCAAAAGGAACUCCUUAUGAUUUUGUGUUGAUUAAAGGUGAGGACUGGUUAUCGGAAUAUAUAAAAAAAAUUGGACAAGAGGAAGCCGAAGAAAGACUCGAGAUGCUAUUAUAUAAAGAAGUUCUUUCAAACCCUGAAGGAGAUUUUACAUUCUCUGCAGAUGAUUUAGACUAUACAGGCAUUUGUUUGUCUUUUGUGAUGAUGGAAAAAAAGGGAAAGGUUUCUCAUGUUCCCAAAAAGACUGAAAUACAGCCUAAACACUAUAGAAAGCUGCUAAAGGUUAUAGAAAAUCGUUUGCAAAUGUAUCCUAAACUGGAAGAACCAAAAACUUUAGACGAAGAAAAUGCGGUUGUUUUGGUGAAUAAAGAGAAAAAUAUACUUGAAUUACUCUACGACAAUGUAAAAGAUAACUUGGCCCAAAAGACACCAAGCAAACGCCGGAAAACCGAAGAAGAGGAUUGACUUUAUAAUACAAAGGUCAUGACAAAAAGCAUCUAAAUCAUAGCAAAGGGAAAAACGAAUAUAAAAAUAAAAUUUGUUUUUUCUCAAUAUUAUCUAGACGACUAACAAAGCUUGACGACCCUUUCGUCCAGUCUGCUUUUGCGCUCUUAUUCCGUCUACUUUCAGGAGUACAAAGAAGAGUGCGAGAACAAAUGAGGAGAUAUUGAUAUGAAUAUGAAAAUGUAAAGUAAUAUAGAGAAGAGCAAGGCCACGGGAAAGUUUAUUUAGAACACCAGAAAUGGGACUCUCUUAAAUAUGGAACAGCACUUGAGUCAAAUACAAAAAUGGAAAUAAAAGUUUAGAAAAAUAUUCAAGGAUGGAAGGAAACUAGAUGAAAUUGUUGGGUAUAUGACAAUUUAGACGCAAUUCAAAUAUGUUGAACAUCAGGAAACUGAUAUUGAAAGAGCAAGAAAGGACGAAACUAAGACAGAUUCAAUCAAAUUUUGUCAAAAGGAAAUCUAUAUUAUAUACAUAGGAGUCUCACGAGAUGCUUCGGCUUGCUCGUUUGCUUGCAUACAUAGUCAUUAUUUUGGGCAAAGCUGGUUAAUACCAUCUUGUAUUUUUAUAAAGAAGAAUGAUAUAAACUAUACAUAUAUAAUAUUUAAGAAAAAAGGACCACUGACA